AUGAUCCUGAGACUCGCAGCCCUCGGCCUCCGGCGAAUGAGGCUUGUCAAGGGCACGCAGGAGAUCGCCGUGCGUCUCGUCGUUGGCACUGGGAUGGGAUACCUGCCCCAGGAGAUCGUGGACUACAUCGUCAACCACCUUGCUUCAGGCGAGACCACCUCGAACACCGAUCUCGCCAAUGCGGCCCUCAUCAGUCGCGCAUGGCGUGUUCCAAGCCAGAGCCAGCUCCACCGCUCUCAACUGUUCUUCCCGCCCCCCAAGCGCCUCCUGUCGCGCAUGGCGUGGUUUCAGGCCUCCGAUGGACAACGGCUCGUGCCAUAUGUCAAAGACGUCCAGUUCUGGCGCCUCGAUGCCGACAGCAAACAGUUCUGCACGUACUGGAAGUCCGUCUUGGGCACGUUUACCCGCGCGCAAGAUGUGAGCAUCCAGUUCCACAACGCCGCGCUGCACUGGCAGCCAUUGUUGGGGCCACCGCCAGCGCCCCUUCCCUCCUUCCCCUCUGUCACUACGCUGCGACUGUCGAACGUCGCGUUCGCAACAUGCCACAACUUGCUGGCGCUCAUCAGCACCCUUCCGAACCUCACGUCCCUACACAUGGACCAUGAAAACUGGGCAUGUGGCUCACUCAUGGGGCAGGGCCUGGUGGACGAUUUAGGCCAGCCACUACAGUUCAAGGCCCUCUGCAACGGAGAGGCCUGCGCGCCCAUCCACCUCAAGCACCUCGUCAUCGACUGCACGGACGGGCUCGACCUCCUCGAGUGUGCUGUACGCCACGUCGACCUCAGCGCGCUCCUCUCCCUCAACGUCGCGCUCCCCGCGGACCCGAAGAGCUCUGGGGCGGGCAUAGCUCCGCUCCUCAUGGGCGUGCCCACCGCGUCCAAGCCAGACUUCCCGCACCAGGAGGCGCAGGUGCGCGCCCUCUUAUGUGGCAUGGACGUGCUCGAGACUGCUGUGUUUCGCGUGCCCGCGGAUGUAGCCUGUAUGCGGCCCUCACCAAAAUCACGCACAGGCAACCCGAUCAUCCCCCAGCACACACCCCGCCUGCGCCACUUUGCGAUCCACUAUCUCCGGCUGGACCUGUUCACGCCGAGCGCCGUGCGCCCGACGUUCUCCUGCGUCUCGCGCGCGCUUGCGCAGCUCGUAGCUCCGGCCCUCGCAACCGUCAACAUCACGCUCUGUCUGUCCGCGCUCGCACAGCUUGACUACCUGCCCUGGGCGGAAAUCGACGGCAUAUUGUCUGACGCGGACGCGUCCCCCGCGCUGAGAGAGUGCGCCUUCAAUGUUGCGUAUGUUAACAGAGGAGGGGAGCUGGAGAAGCCGUGUAGGGUGGCUGCGAUGGCGAGAGUGCGCGCUGUGAUUAGGGAGAAGCUGCCGAUGUUGGUAGCAAGAGGAGUGGUGGGCGUGCAUGAGGCGGAAGACUUUGUGGUAUAA